AGUUGUAGUAUUAAAGAGAAGAGUAUAGAGAAGGAACAUGGGAAGCAUGGGAAGCAGUGGAAGGCUAUCAAUGGAAGAAAAUGAAGAAGAAAAAGAAGAAGAGAGUUCAAAAUUUGACAUGGCAACAUUUGAAGCUAGAGAAGAGGAGAUUGAAAGGAAGAAGAUGGAGGUUAAAGAGAAAAUUGAAGUUCAAUUAAGCCAAGCCGAAGAAGAAGCUAAGCGCUUAACUCAAAUUUGGGAUGAGCUUGAAGUGAUGGUUGAUCCUAUGAGAAAAGAAGUUGGAUUUAUCCGCAAGAAGAUAGACAUGGUUAAUAGAGAGCUGAAACCACUGGGUCUGACCUGUCAGAAGAAGGAGAAAGAAUACAAAGAAGCAUUGGAAUCUUUUAAUGAAAAGAACAAGGAGAAAGCUCAGCUUGUUACCACAUUGGUAGAGCUGCUGACUGAAAGUGAAAAAUUGAGGACGAUGAAACUGGAAGAACUGACCAAGAAUUUGGAAGCCAAACCCUGAGAUGCCUAUUACAUUAGACCAAUUAAUUUUGCAUUUAUUAUUGUAAUUUUUAUUUUUAUUAGUUUAUGUUAA